UCUCUCUUUAAAAUUUAAAAGCUUUGCACUGCAAGCCCUUUCAUUUCUCUUCAAUUCAUUGCUUUCGAGAUUUUACCAGAUAAUGGGUAUUUGUAGUUCUUGUGACUCAACAACACAUGUCGCCACCGCAAAGAUCAUCCUACAAGAUGGAAGAUUGCAGGAAUUCUCAUACCCAGUUAAGGCCUCUUACGUGUUGCAGAAGUAUCCAUCAUCGUUUAUUUGCAACUCUGAUGAAAUGGACUUUGACGACGUCGUUUCAGCCAUUAGCGACGAUGAAGAGCUGCAGCCGGGUCAGCUCUACUUUGCAUUGCCAUUGAGUAAAUUACAUUACCCACUUCAGGCUGAAGAAAUCGCCGCAUUAGCAGUUAAAGCCAGCGCGGCAUUAAUGAAGAGUGGUUAUAAAUGUGGUUGUCACAAAAAGUCAGUCUGUCCAGUGGCGUUUUCCGGAGAGACGUGUCCCGGGAAGGUAACCUCCGUUCGCGGCGUUUCAGGCGCCGGAUCAAAGGGAGGAGGAAGAAGAAACUUGACGGCAAUGUUGAGUGCAAUACCUGAAUAGGGAUCUGGUAGAAAACGAACGCAUGUAAAGCAAUACCUGAUUAAACAAGGGUAUUUUGGGAAAAAUGAAAAUAAUAUGAUGAUCUAGGGCUUAAUAAGCCGGAGUUUUGUUUGGUGAUGUGAUGAAAAGUUUGAAGUUAAGACUCGGGUGUCAACCAUAUGAGGCUCGUGUUACAAUUUUACCCCUAAAUUGGUUGAUGAGAACCAUGUACAAAUAAUUACCAUACUAUGCUACUUUAAUUCACUU